GGCCUCAUUGGGCAAGAUGGCGCCGAUCAGGACGUAAGCAGCGUAAACAACGGAGUGGGUUAUCGACGUCGUAAUACCGGUAAAACAUUCGCGUAUCAUUAGUUUAAUGUCGGUUGAAUCAUCUUGGCGGUUUCUUAAAUAGUGCUAAACAGAGUCUCUCGCUUUCAUUGUCUUUCAGAGGGACUAUUAAGUGGCGGCGAGCGUAGCAUGUCACUGAUGGAUCUAGCCGGCCGCGCCUGAAGAUCGCAUCACAGUUGGGCCCCCGUCUGAUGGCAGUGGCCAUGCCUGGCGUUGUUCCCGACCUCUCUCAAGACCCAGGGGGAAGGCUCAAAGGUGUCACGAUCGUGAAGCCAAUCGUCUACGGCAAUGUGGCUCGUUAUUUUGGCAAAAAGCGCGAUGAGGACGGCCACACGCAUCAGUGGACGGUUUACCUGAAACCUUAUAAGAAUGAGGACAUGUCGACCUACGUCAAGAAAGUACACUUCAAGCUUCACGAGAGCUACCCAAACCAGAAUAGAGUGGUGACAAAACCUCCAUACGAAGUGACUGAGACAGGGUGGGGUGAAUUUGAAAUUGUCAUCAAGAUUUACUUUGUGGACAGCACAGAGAGACCUGUGACAGUGUAUCACAUCUUGAAGCUCUUCCAGAGUGAGACCAACAUCAUGUUGGGAAAGAAGCAGCUGGUUUCCGAGUCUUACGACGAGCUUAUAUUCUCCGAGCCAUCAGCGAUGAUGCAGCAGCUCCUCACAAGCACGCGCCAGCUCACGCUGGGGCCCUACAAGCACGAGUGCGACUUUGAGGAGAAGAAGGAGAAGACCCUGCACGCCAUCCUGUCGGCCAAGAACAAGAUCCGGCUGGAGGUGGCCGACCUGAAGGAGCGGCUCAAGGUGGCCAGAGAGACCAUCGACAAGUACAAGACGGAGAUCAGCAAACUCGAGUCCCAGGCAGAGGUCGACCCCGGAGGAAGCGUAGCUGCCACUUCCUGAUCUCUCCCCUCUCCCAUUUUAUGCCCCUGCCCCCGUUGGUGCAGGGGUCUCCAACCAUUGUUACCUGCGCUAAUAAAUAUUAAGACGAAUGGUGGGUCUUCCUUUCGUUA